AUGAUCUCCUUUACUACUGCUUUUGUCGCUGCUGCGGCUGUAGCUGGCGUUUUCGCCAGCCCUACUGGAGCAGCACCUGCUGAGCUCACCAAGCGCAAUAGUCCCAACGCUCAAAUCAAACCCUCUUUCUUCCGUCAUCUCCCUUCCUUCAAGAAUCAAUUCAAAACAUCUGCAUCCUCAAUUCUUCAUAUUCCCUGA